UUUCGCGUCCGUAAUUGCUAUCCUAUCGUGUUUCAAUCGAUUGUUUCAAUCGAAGGGUCGAUCUAUCAUCGAACAAGAUAAUCCCUCAACAUUUCAUUCAGUUAGGGUGACUGAAAGCAUUUUCAUGUAUGUGGUGGGAACACUUUUGAAUCAAGGUGGGUACAUAUCGAACAAGUUCACUCCGAUCCGACUAGUCGUAGGAGCUUGGUGUCUUCUGACUCUGGUUUUGCUCAACGUCUACAAUGGAGUUCUGAUUUCUUACGUAACAGAGGCCGGUCGCCCACAACCGCUUAUCAAUACUUUUGAUGACGUCCUGUCCGACUCCAGCAUCCUCCUGGUUCUCGAUAAAGGGUUUGCUGGCGAUAUUGUCAUUUCGACGGCAGAAAAAGGAUUGUACAAGACAAUGAAGGACAAGUUGAAUGCGCAUCCCAAUUCGAGGUGUUUGUCGACUCAGCAAUGCAUCGAUUUGGUGAAAUCGCUACCUCCUCGUUAUGUUUACCUAAAUGCUGUAAUAGGAUUAAAAGCCGCCAUAAAAAAGGAUUACGUGCAAACGCGGCAGUGCAAACUGACCAUAGCUGGAGAACCGCCGUUUAUGAAACAUGCUAUUGGUUGGGGACUAGCUAAAAACAGCCCUUAUCGAGAGGAAUUCAAUCGAGGAACCGCACGCCUUUUCGAUGUAGGGUUAACGUCAUUUUGGCAGAAUUGGUACGAGCCAGAUUCUAAGCCUUGCUAUGACGACAAAGACAACGGUGGUCAAAACAAGAACGAGAAAAAACCACUGGUGCGAUUAUCUUUGACCAAUUUGACAGGGGCAUUUGCUGUUUUAGCUGUUGGAUGCGCAAUGUCCAUCCUAACAUUUUUAGCAGAAAUAAUAAUUUUCCUAAAAAAGGAAUCUGACAAAAAAUGUAGUUUUGGCAAAGGGUGGCGGCGAUAAGAUUUUAAAAUCCUGACGGGUUGCACAACUAACUACCCUUACAUAAAUUUAAUCCGUAUCCUAUAUUAAAUGAACUAUUUAUAUCCUAAGCGAUCAUGUUCACUUUAAAUUGAUAAGGGUAAUGUACUAACUAGUACAUUAGGAGUAGUACGAGAUAUAACGAGUAGAGAACUAUAGUACUUAACGAGUACAGACUAGGCCUUUCAUGCAUAACAAAUUUCAGCACUUUAUUCGUAACAAUAGGUUUAUUACAACAUCCAAGUUAAUACGCUAUGAAAAAAGGUAGGAGGAAAUCAAUAAGCAUUUGCUACGGCAACCGAUAUUUUGAAUUCCCUUAAAAAUAUUUUGUUCUUUUAUUUGAGCUUUUAUUCGACGAUGUUUGUCACAAUCACGUAGAAAGUGUUACUGCUCUAUUCAAUCGAUAUCGGGAGUCUAGUGAUUGUUUGAUUGUUUCUCUUAUCUGUAAUAAGCACAUCUUAUUAAACCAACAUUCUACCGUGAAUUUGGGGUUUAUAAUAUUUCACUUAUGUAGCUGUAAGUGGCCUCAUGAA